AUGCCGAAAGGGGCGCGCAAGUUUUACGCCAAGAGUCCGCUGUCGAGGAAAGGGGCCAAGACCAGUCGAAGGAACAGUGCCAAGAAGGUGGGCUCUCGUGGGUCUACGCAGGCGACUUGUUCAAGUUACUGAUCUUCUGCUCCGCCAAAUCCGCACAGGCCAAGCUGAGAAGUAAAAGGCGAAGACAGAUCAACUGA